CGUCUGUUUAAAAAUAAAAUAAAAAAUAAAUUAUCGUCAUAACUAACUAGAAAGGAACCGUUACAUUACAUUGUCAUUUUACCAUCCACGCUAAAUAUUUUGUGCCCGCGAAAAACUCCUGUUUACUUGAAUAUCAAAAAGACGCAACAUUUCGUCAAAACUCGAAACAUCGCAUCGUUUUCUUCAUUGCAACGUUUCACUGAUACAAAAUGGACCCAAUUUAUGGCUUUUCGAACAACCCACGGCAAAACUAUCCGUAAGCCAUGGCCGGGAACUUGGACAUGUUUUCUAGAUUGACCGACGAAAUUCUCUUAAUCAUCAUUUUUUUCUUGCCGUUCAAAGAAGCCGCCAGAACGUGCGUUCUAUCCAAGCGUUGGCGUCAUAUAUGGCGGGAAACAAAGAACGUAGACUUUGAUGAGAGGUUCUUUGUCGGAGUUGGUGAAUCCCAGGAAAGACAAGAAACUCAGAGACAGAUUUUCAUAGAUUUUGCAAGACAAUGGAUGGAGAACUAUCAAGAAACUGGCAUAGAUAAGUUUCGGCUCUCAUGCUUGAAGCCCGUAAAUUUCCGUGAGGAUGUGGAGCGCUGCAUUGCAUUUGCCAUUAGCCAUAAUGUGAAGGUGUUGGACCUUGAUUUUUCGGAUCCACUAUGGGAAGAAGAUGGCUUUAGCAAUCAUGAAGCUUUGUUUGAUUUGCCCAUGAAUGUGUAUGGACAUGUUGUUCUUGAAUCCCUGAAGUUGUUUUCUUGCAGUUUUCGGGUGUCUGACUUCAUGAAUGUCAAAGCACUGAAGCAUGUAUCUUUAGGUUGGCUUCAGUUGAAUGUGUAUUUUAUUGAAUCUUUGUUACUUAAUUGUCCACUGCUAGAAAGUUUGAGCUUGACGAAAUGUUGGAACUUAGAGCAUCUGCGUAUCAACGGACCAAAUUUGCGGCUAAGAAGUCUAGUCAUCGACAAAUGCAAUUUUCUUAGAGAUUUUGACAUAAAAGCGCCGAAUUUACGGUUCUUGAAAUAUUCAGGGGUGGUGGGAAUUUUUGACAUAGAGAUAAACCGGAACUACAUGGAAGAGGCAGAUCUGGAUUUUGGACUUGAGUACGAAGUUGAUGAAGCUGUCGGUAAUCUUCUUCAUAAACUCCUAGAACAACUUUACCCCAUCAGGGUUUUGACCGUUUGCAGUUACAUGCUUCAGGUUAUUCCCCUUGGAGAAGAACCAUUGCGUAUGAGUUUUCCCUUGAACUUAAAGCACUUGAUACUGAAAGCUGCUAUGCACGAGAAUGAAUUAUAUGGAAUCAGAUUCUUCCUAAACAGUUGUCCUUAUUUGGAGACUCUUACUAUUGAAAUAGGUCCUGGAAGAGUUUUUGAUGAUUAUACACCUCCAUUUGAGUUGAACCCGGAUAGAUUCUGGACGCAGUGCCCCAAAUUCGAUUGCCUAGGUAGAAAUCUUAAGGUGGUAGAUAUAAAAGGCUUCACAGGGACAAGACAUGAAGUUUGCUUGCUUUGCUAUCUAAUCUUUUAUGGGAGCGUCCUGGAACGCCUUAAUAUCACUAUUUGGAAGGAAGGAGGAGCUAAUGGUGGAAAUGUGGAAGUAUACCGAAAAAGAGCUCAAGGGUUGCAGAGUUUUAAAAAAAGCUCCCCAAAUCUGCAGAUAUCAAUCUAUUGAAUCACCGACACUUUUGCUGCUACUAUUGACUACAAAAAAUGGAUAAUCGAGCUGCUCUUACUAGUUAUUGCAUAUGGGAAUUUGUAUGAACUUAGAUAAGAUAACAGAUACUGAGAAUUUGUCCUUAAACUCUGUAUAGUCAUGGGUGUAUAGGUAGGAGUUCUUUGAUUUACAGAUUAUUUUAUUGCUUUCAAGUGUCAUUUGAGCAGGUCUCCAAUGUGUUGUUCUUGA